UUCCUCGCCGUCUAUAUCCUCAACGACUUUUGUGCUUGCUCUUUUCUACAUGAACAAUUUUGGCUGAGAUAUGCCCGAGAUGUUAGUCUACGGUGUCAUAUUGUCAUUGAUGGCCCUGUUCCCACAGAUACACGGCAUCAAAUGUGUUAUGUACCUCACUGGACAACACGAUGUAGUCCCUGAGUUAUCUCUUGUAUCAGAUGUGACGCACGUGGCUCUAGCAUUCAUGCGAUCAUCUAUCUUCAAUACCAAGGACAACACCUCAAGCUGGCCUUUGUUUACUACUGUCGAUGCAGUCCGACCAAAGUUCUCGGUCGGAACAUCAAUCCUUGUCGCCAUUGGUGGAUGGGGCGACACGCAAGGGUUCUCUGAGGCGGCCUUGACCAAUGAGAGCCGAAAGUUGUUUGCGCACAACAUCAAAAGGAUGGUUGAGGAUACUGGCGCAGAUGGCGUUGAUAUUGACUGGGAGUAUCCAGGGGGCAAUGGAGAGGAUUAUAAACAAAUCCCCAAUUCAGAAAAGGCCUGGGAGGUGGAGGCAUACCCAAAGCUUCUCGAAGAGAUCCGAAAGGCAAUAGGCCUUGAGAAGCUCAUCACAGCCGCUGUCCCAGGCCUCCGACGAGACAUGGUCGCUUUUACGAAGGAAACCGUCCCAAAAAUCAUCGCAUCGAUUGACUUUUUCAACGUUAUGACAUAUGACCUGAUGAAUCGACGAGACACCAUCACCAAGCAUCAUACAGGCUUGCAGCUAUCUAUUGAAAGCAUCAACGCAUACUUAGAAAGUGGCGCGCCCGCUGAGAAGCUAAACCUUGGAUUUGCAUACUACGUAAAGUGGUUCAAGACGGAUGCCAGCCAUGCUGACGAGUGCGCAGAACAUCCUAUCGGAUGUCCAACUGCAUUAAUGGAAGAUCCAUCCACGGGGGUGGACCUUGGACAAGCAGGGGGAUUCUCAUGGCAUGACCAGGUCCCCUCAGAGUUAGCUGCAUCCUUUGAGAGAGCAAAGUCAAGCGGUGUAUACGAUACAAUUGGAGGUGGGUAUUACUUCUGGGACUCGGAAGAAAACAUUUUCUGGUCCUGGGAUACACCAGAAGCCAUCCUGAAGAAGUUCCCAGAAAUAGUGGAUGAGAAACAGCUUGGUGGUGUUUUCGCAUGGGGGCUAGGUGAGGAUGCUCCCGACUUUACGCAUCUCAAAGCUACUGCUGCCGGCCUGCAGCAGUACUCGCCAGACAGGCCGGAGGGACAAGAGGAUGAAGCUGAUGUCAGCAAUGGCAAGGAUGAAUUAUGACUAUCCGUUCGAAGGCUGUGAAGGAGGAUUUUAGUGACGUCGUCUACUUUUUGCUCGUAUAGCCUGCCAAGGAAAACAGCAGGUAGUGGAUAAAAAAUAGCUCAUAGUUCCUGGCC